AUGGAUGAAGGUUUCGAGAUGCCUCCCGUCGGCGGAAUGAACGACGACGACAUGGACUUCGCCGACGACGCCUCCUUCCUCAAAGUCGGCGAGGAGAAGGAGAUCCAGCAAGGUUUGAAGAAGAAACUCGUCAAGGAAGGUGAAGGAUUCGAGACUCCUGAGAACGGCGAUGAAGUUGAAGUGCAUUACACUGGUACUUUGCUCGAUGGAACUAAGUUCGAUUCAAGCCGUGACAGAGGAACGCCUUUCAAAUUCACUCUCGGUCAAGGUCAGGUUAUUAAGGGAUGGGAUAUUGGUAUUAAGACUAUGAAGAAAGGAGAGAACGCUGUAUUCACCAUCCCUUCGGAGCUGGCUUAUGGUGAAUCUGGUUCACCGCCAACUAUUCCUGCUAAUGCCACGCUUCAGUUUGAUGUGGAGUUGCUUUCUUGGUCUAGUGUGAAGGAUAUAUGCAAAGAUGGUGGUGUGUUUAAGAAGAUUGUUGUUGCGGGGGAGAAGUGGGAAACCCCUAAGGAUCUCGAUGAAGUUCUUGUUAAGUAUGUGGCUAAGCUUGAGGAUGGUACGGUUGUUGGGAAAUCUGAUGGUGUUGAGUUCACAGUUAAAGAUGGUUACUUCUGUCCUGCACUUGCUAAGGCUGUGAAAACUAUGAAGAAGGCAGAGAAGGUUCUUCUGACAGUUAAACCACAAUAUGGUUUUGGGGAGAAGGGCAAGCCAGCCUCUGGUGGUGAAGGUGCGGUUCCUCCAAAUGCGACGCUUGAGAUCGAGCUGGAGUUGGUUUCGUGGAAGACAGUUUCUGAAGUGACUGACGAUAACAAGGUCAUCAAGAAGAUCUUGAAAGAAGGGGAAGGAUAUGAGCGUCCCAACGAGGGGGCUGUUGUGAAAGUGAAAUUGAUAGGGAAACUUCAUGACGGUACUGUAUUCCUAAAGAAAGGUCACGGUGAAAGUGAAGAACCCUUUGAGUUCAAAACAGAUGAAGAGCAAGUGAUCGAUGGGCUUGAUAAAGCUGUGUUGAAGAUGAAAAAGGGUGAAGUAGCAUUGGUGACGAUAGACCCAGAGUAUGCUUUUGGUUCAACCGAGUCAAAGCAGGAAUUAGCUGUGGUGCCACCAAACUCAACCGUCUAUUAUGAGGUUGACCUUGUGUCUUUCGACAAGGAGAGGGAAUCGUGGGACAUGAACACCGAGGAGAAGAUUGAAGCUGCUGGUAAGAAGAAGGAAGAAGGAAAUGCCAAGUUCAAAGCAGGCAAAUACGCACUCGCUUCCAAGAGAUACGAGAAGGCUGUCAAAUUCAUUGAAUACGACUCAUCCUUCAGCGAGGAGGAGAAGAAGCAAGCGAAAGCAUUGAAAGUGGCGUGCAAUCUAAAUGAUGCAGCUUGCAAACUGAAGUUGAAAGAAUACAGACAGGCUGAAAAGCUAUGCACAAAGGUGCUAGAGCUGGAAAGCACCAAUGUGAAGGCUCUUUACAGGAGAGCGCAAGCUUACAUGGAGUUGGCUGAUUUGGACUUGGCUGAGUUUGACGUCAAGAAGGCCCUGGAAAUUGAUCCCGACAACAGGGAAGUGAAGGUGGAGCAGAGAAAGUUGAAGGAAAGAAUGAAGGAAUUCAACAAAAAGGAGGCCAAGUUCUACGGAAACAUGUUUGCGAAACUAUCUACUGCACCUCCUCCUCUUAUGCGUAUGUACUCCGUUGAUUUCUCGCCUCCAAGAGAACGUAGAGACCACGUUAGGGAAUCUCCUCGUGUACUGUCACAUGGAGUGAGAGUCCAAAAUCAGGACGCACCCAAAGAUCCUUUAUCAAACCCCAGCGGUCUCUCACGCUCACUCUCUUCUCAUACCCCUUCACCACGAAGAAACUUUCAUAUCUCCUCAAGUGAAAGACGCUCUGCUUUGUCCCGGGUGGGAAUCGGAAACCCAACUAAUACCCCUCACGCCAGAUAUAUUCCGAGCUUUGACUCUAAUAGGCUUCAAGAUGUAGCAAUUCAUUAUGAUGGGCCGGCGGAGCAAGAACAUAUCAGUCCUUUCCAAGAAAAUCUACCAACCGCAGGCAACAAUGCUCGAGUCCCAGAAACUUCACGUUUGGGUAGCAGUGGAGGACCUAUCAUCAUUAAUUUUGAGAGAGAUAUGGAUCCCCCUCAAGGUCCAAAUCCGACAACAAAGACAAUAAAUAGAAGAAGGGUGUCUAAGCCAUCGACCAACAAGAGAAUUGCCAGGAAUCCGCUUCAUGGUGUUAAUCUAAAAAGAACAUUAUCUCAAGAUCUAUCAACCCCCCCAAACAAGAAACUGUGUGUUGAUCGGGACCUAUCUUUACCUUGUGAUAAGGAAGAAUCGAGUAACAAUAUUCGUACAUCAGGAAGGACCAGGAGGACGGAUUUUCGGCCUCCUCAUCCUUAG